AUGAGUUCCAAUUCACUAAAGUGGUUAUGGGAAGAUUUGAAUUCACAUUCUCUGGUUGAAGAAAUCGAAGACGAUUAUUUGAAUACUAUUAAUGACGAUGAUUCGUACACCAGCUCCGAUUCUAAUUACAAUAUUGAUUGUACGUUGUUAAUCAAAGAUAAUAAAAUAGAAGAAAAAUUGAACGAAUAUGUCGAUGAUAUUAACGAAAAUAUACCAGAAAUCUUUCCAGAAUCAUAUACAAAAACUUCAAAUAUUGAAAAGCUAAUACUUUUUUGCGCUGAAAAUUUUAUUGAACAGUUUAAAGUAAAAUAUCCAAAUAGACGACCAUUGGUUUUAAUACCAAAAAACGAAUGCGGCGUUCAAAAAUGUGUUUGUACUACAAUCAAACCAUCUCGAUUAGUCUAUUCUGAUUUGAUCGAAAUGACCAGUUACAGUCAAUUUGUGGCUAAACACAUAAAAUAUAUCAAGUUAAGCGAUCCUCUAUCUUUGCCCGACAAGAUUGUAUCUCCUGCAACGACAUUAAAAACACAAACUGCUAAUAGUUUUGAAUUGGCAGUAUUAUUAGUAUCAUUUUUAAUCGGUUGUGGGUACAAUGCUUUUGUUGUAUACGGAUAUGCUACAGAUAUUGUGUGUAAUAAUGAUCUAAAAAAAAUCAAAAUAGAUCUUCCAAAAGAACCAAUCGAUGAACACGUAUUAGAAUCUGAGAGUGAAGAAAAUGUUAUAGAUGAUCCUUAUGCUGUAGAACCUAUGAUUGAUUUGUGUAAUGAUUAUGUUAACUUUUUAAUGGAAGAAGAAAAAAAUAAGGAUGUAGUAAAUGAUGAAAUAAAAGAGAUAGAAUUUGAUAAUUUUUCCGAUCCGCUAUUUGGUAAACGAGUACAUGCAUGGGUCGUGGUUAUGCCAUUGGAAACUGAAGACGAUAAAUAUAUACUUGAGGCUCCAUAUUUCAUUGAACCUAGUUCAGGUGAACGAAAAGAAAUUUUUGAUGAAAAUUACAUUGGAAUAGAGGUGGUUUGGAAUCAUAAUAAUUAUUGGGUUAAUUUACAGCCCUUGGAAGGAGGUUGUGCGCAAUAUAACUUUACUUUAACAAAUACAAAGUAUUGGGAAAGUUUUUUAUCAGAUAAACUUCGAAGUGCACAAAAAGGAAAUUUCAAAAAUCUUGAGAUGCCCAAUUCGUGGGUUACUGUUAUAGACGUUCCUGUAAAUAAAUAUUAUAUGCUGUAUCCGAACGGUUCCAAAACCGUGCAAUAUAUGAAUGCAAUCAAAGAGUUUUAUGCUGAUUACGUUAUGCCUAAUGGAUUGAUUGAAAGAACAACAUUUUAUAUCGAACCACAAUAUUUGAAUAAAAUAUUUAUUCAAGAAAAAUACAAAAAUAGAGUAGACAAAUUGAUCUGUAUUGACACAAAAUAUGCCGUCGAAGGAACUGAAACUAUAGAAUAUUUUAGACCCGGCCGGAAUGACUAUUUAAAAAAACAUAAGUUUUAUGGCGAUUGUUACAAUAUAGAGACCGCACGUUUGUUCACAUUUUAUAAUUUGAGGCUUGAUUCAAUCGCUGAGAUUAAAAUUAAUCAAGAUAGUUUCAUUAUAACGUAUAACGAUAGAUCGGACUUAUUAUUCUGGCACCUGUGUAUAUUUUAUAGAACGAAAAACAAUGGUUCCCAAAAUAUAAACGAUAAAAGGAAACCUAAGUGUAUAGUUGAAAAAUAUUUAAGAAAUGAAUCAAAACAAAAAGAUCUAGAUAUUGCUACAAUAACUUUUAGUCUUGAAGAUAAUAGUAUUUAUGUUCAAUAUCAAUAUGGCGAAGGUCAGAUCACACAAUCGAGUAGACUAUUUGAAAAGCCAACUUACAGUUCAAUACAAAAUGAAAAGUUCAAUCCUAAAUCUGUCACUGAAGAUAUCGUUUAUCCAUAUAUAGGUUCUUUGAAAACUCAUGAAGCGUACAUCAUGUUACAAGACAUGAUUGAAACCGAAAAAAACGCAAUUAUUAACGUUACGAAAUUAGAAAAUAAUGUUAUACAAAUGCUGGAAACCAGAAGUCGAGAACGAUCAGAGUUUAAGUUAAAAAUCAAUUCAUUGGACUGGGACCGAAAUCAUAGAAUUAGAAAAUUACUCCAAGAUAAAAAAGAUAAAAAAAAAAAAAUUGCUGUAAAAGAUUCUAUUGUUUCAAGUAUAAGAGACAAAAUCAUAAAACACUUCAGACAAAGUACCAAAAAUCAGUUUAUACGACUUAAACAAUUGUUUGAUAUGAAAAAAAAUAAGUUAUUCGCUUUGACGAAGUCACUAGAAUCCAACAAUGCAGAAAGCAGGGAUAGAAAUUUAAUAUUAUGUUCUUCAUUGAAAAACGAGUUGAAUAUAAUGACGUUGAAAUUAAAAAGAUACAAAGAGUCACGUAUUAAAAGAUAUAACAAUUUGGCAACAUACAUAAAUAGUAAUCCUGAUUAUGAAAAGUUAUCACCUUUAGAAUUGUGUGAUCAUUAG